GCCGGGUAGGGGGAGGGCGAAGAGUUACGUUUUGUAUUGUUGUAUUUUGGGCAGUGCAAUACUCUUGCGGUAAAUUGUCAUAAUUGAUUUCAAUUUAUGCCGGCUGAGCAGCUCAGCCCCCGCGCCUCUGCCCGCAUGAGAUUGUGCUGCUGCUGCUAUGAAAUCAAAACAGAAACUUCGCGCGCCUCGAGCGGUUGACGUAGCUGCAAAUGCGGUUACGGAUGUCCAAGAAACGUGGAGGAGCAGCAGGAGGAGUAGGAUCAAAAGGAAGCGCAGAAAAAUGUUGUUAUGUCGAGCCUGUUUAGUUUUACUGCAACCGCAGGAUACUUCAUACGAUUUAUUUGCCAUACAGGAUUUGGCCCGCAAAUUCUCAGCCUGCACUGGAGGCAAAUCAAAUCUCAUAGAUAUCGAUGGCAAUCAGUAUGAGGAUGUGGUGCUGCAAUGCAUUUGCGAGUGUUGCUAUCAAUUGGUCCAGAAAUUCCAUGAUUUUCAAUGCAUGUGCGAAGAGUCCUUAAAGAAUUUUCAAAAUCUCCUCAAGGAAGUCAGAGAGGAAGGAGCCAAAAGCAAUGAGUUCGAAGUGGAAAUCGAGAUGGAAAAUUUGCAAAUGAUGGAGGAAAAGGACGACGAGGAGGAGGAUGAGAAAGAGUUGCCAAAGGCCAAAGCUGAAGAACUCAUCGAAGAUAUUGAGGAAGUAUAUAUCGUUGAGGAUGAAACGGCUAAAGAUGGCCUUGGCAAGGAGAGGAUCUCACGCAAAGCGGUCAACACGGCGUCAGCAUCACCACAAAGAAAACGAGGCUUACGUUAUACACUAGAUUGUCAUAUUUGUGGGCGUGGCUUCUAUAAAAGCCUGCUCCUUGAGGCUCACAUAAAACAGCAUAAAGGUGAAAAUCCAUAUACCUGUGUGCAUUGUGGCAAACAUUUUGCCCGCUCCAAUCUGCUGGACAUACAUUUGCGAGAUGUCCAUCAAAAUCCCAAUGAGCGUAUCACAUAUCCAUGCCCGAAAUGCAACAAAGUCUACAGUGCCGAACGUAGUUUGAUCUAUCAUUUUCGCAGGCAGCACGAGCCCAAAGCAAGGGAGGAAAUAUCCCCGAAUCAUAUAUGCGAUAAGUGUGGCAAGUCAUAUGGACGCAAAAGUCAUUUGACACGCCAUCAAUGGGUACACAGGAAACUGGAAGAGCGUCGAUAUUGUUGCAUUAAUUGCGAUCAGCGUUUUUAUACCAAAGAGAAUAUGAAGGAUCACAUGUUGAGACAUCAUAGCAAGAGAAAUCUUCCCAGAUGCAAGAAGUGCGGACGUCUGGCAGGAUCACGUCUCGAUCUUUUGGCCCACAUGAAGAGGCAUAAAGUUCAAUAGCUUCAUUACGCUCACGCUUAUAUCGUGUACUCCACAUACAUUCCUAGUAUAGCUUCUAUUUAAAUCAAAUAGUUAACGAUUUUAUCUCUUGUUAUACAAUUAGUUUAAAAAAAAUUUGAGCUUCCAAAAAUUUAAGAAAAAAAAACAGUUUAAUGAUUCCUUUUCGAUUAAAAAUCGAUGUAUAUAUGUAUACCCUUUCCCCAUUAGUUUUAAGAGAUCGUCGAGAUCAGAUCAAUAAUUCGUUUUUAUUAAUAUA